UCCCUUGACACACACUACUGCUCGGUUGUCUUCUCACUCUUGGUCAGUUGUCGAGCGGGAAUCUUUUUGCUUUUCCGUGAAUCAGAUCCACGAUGGGGAUGAUGUCCAUCACCUCCGCGGCCCCGGAGGCGUCCUCGCCGGCGCACUGCCGAGCCCACAAGGCCUUCCUCCUCAGCAACUACGUGCUGCUGGGCGCCGCCUCCAGCUGCAUCUUCCUCACCCUCUCCCUCCGCCUCCUCCCCUCGGCCUGCGGCUUCCUCCUCAUCCUCCUCCAGGCGCUCACCAUCGCCGCCGCGAUCGCAGGCUGCGCGGCGGCCUCCUCCGGCUCCUCCACCCGCUGGUACGGCGCCCACAUGGUCGCCACCGUCCUGGCCGCCAUCCUCCAGGGGGCCGUCGCCGUGCUGGUGUUCACGAGGACGUCGGACUUCCUGGCGGAGGGGCUCAAGUCGUACGUGAGGGAGGAGGACGGGGCGGUGAUACUGAGGAUGGUGGGGGGCCUGUGCGUGGUCAUCUUCUGCAUGGAGUGGGUGGUGAUGGCGCUGGCCUUCGUGUUGAGGUACUACGCCUAUGUGGAUGGGGGAAGCGCCAAGGUGCAGCAGGGGGAGUAUACCACCGGUACAUGGCAGCCGUUCCAGGUCUGAGACCAUAGUUGUGGCUUGAGAGCAGAGAAUUAAUUGUAUGGGUUGUUGGCAGAUGCAUUUAUGUUGCUGUAACUCCGAUUUGUUAUUUAUUCUAAUAGAUCAGUGAGAUCUGUUGAUUUGAAGAA